AUGGACGCCGCUCAAGAAAGCGCCUAUAAGGCCGCGGUCCUGGAUGCCGUCCAGGACGAUAGCCGCAGCAAUGCCAUUCUCAUCGUCACCGCGGUCUUUCUCGGAAUUUCCCUCGGCAGUGUCAUUCUUCGCUGUUUCGUCCGAACCCGCGUUGUCCGCGCCUUUGGAUGGGAUGAUAUCAUCAUGCUAUUAGCCAUGACAUUGAAUCUGGCCUUUGCAAUUUGUGGAAUUAUGGGUGCCAAGUAUGGCAUGGGUCGGAAAUUGCUCUAUUUUGUGGAGUACCCGGACAAUCUAGAACGCGCGCUCUUGUGUUGGUGGCUCGGCCAAAUCUUCUACGUGAUUACUUGUGUCCUCGCCAAAAUCUCGAUUAUCAUCACCUUGCUGCGCAUUACCGUUGAUCGCGUCCAUGCCUGGAUUCUCUACGCCGCCAUUUCACUGGCCACCGCGGUCGGUGUGGUCUUCUUGCUCUUCACCAUCUUCCAAUGCAGUCCAGUCACAUAUUUCUGGCACCAAGGGCUAUCCACGAGCCACGGAACCUGUGUUAAUAAAGACACUCUCAUUGCGAUCGCAUAUCUCUACAGUGUCGGUGCAGCGGUCACUGAUCUUACCAUUGGUCUCCUUCCAGUGGCGUUGAUUUGGAACUUGCGCAUGAAUCAAAGGACGAAGAUUGCCAUCAUUGGAAUUUUGGGUCUCGGUUGCAUUGCGAGUGCUGCCGUUAUUGUUCGCAUUCCCUUCGUUCACAACUACAAGGACGAGGAAUUCUUAUACAACACAUACCAAAUCUCCAUCUGGUCCAAUGUCGAAGCCGGCCUGGGCAUCACCGCCGGCUGCCUAACGACUCUCCGACCACUCAUCCGAUUCCUCCGCGAUGGCUCCUCCGCCUCACGCAGCCGCAACAAUCGCACCCCUGGAUCUUUCCCCUUGUCCAGUAAUCCGGCACAGGGAGGAUACCGAUCGUCCCGCUCCAAGCAUGACCGCGACGACUCGCAUCACCUCUGGACGGGCAGCGAAAAUGACGAAUAUCACGGCGUGACGACGACGAUUAUGGGUAGCCAACGGCCGAAUCCGACCAGUAGCAGUGAGGAGGAUCUCAACCCGAUGAACCAGCAUCAACCGGCAGGAUGGAAAGUCGAACGGUCCGUUCGGGUGUCCGUGCGCGAUUCAUGA